UGUAUCUUACUCUCUUCUUCUUUCUACUAGAUCCGGAUCUGGAACUUUCUCUACUCUCUGCUCAUAAAGUUUCAAUCUUUGGGGAGAUCUGAGACAACCCUUUUUCUCUGGUGCAUGUGAGUAGGGAUUGUGCCGUGGAUUUCGAAACAUGGCAAUGGGGAAAUAUUCUCGUGUAGACGGGAAGAAGUCAUCGGGAUAUGGCUUAACCAUUACCAUUGUUUUAAUUGUUUCUCUAUGUUUGGUUGGGGCGUGGAUGUUCAUGUCUUCAUGGUCUGCUCCAACUGAGUCUAUUGACUUCUCUGCAAACGAGAGGACAAAAGAUGUAGAUACUACUACUAAGAGUGAUUUUAAAAGUGAAGAAGUUGACCGAGGUUCCAAGAGUUUUUCAGAUGAAAAGAAUGACGAAACUGAGGUUGUGACAGAGACCAACGAAGAAAAGACUGAUCCUGAGAAAUCUGGUGAGGAGAACUCUGGUGAGAAAACGGAGUCUGGUGAGGGAAAAAAGGAAUUUGAUGACAAAAAUGGUGAUGGGGAUAGAAAAGAUGGAGAGGGUGAGAAAGACACGGAAUCAGAAAGUGAUGAAGCCAAGCAAAAAGAGAAAACACAACUGGAAGAGAGCUCAGAAGAAAACAAAUCUGAGGAUAGUAAUGGAACCGAAGAAAAUGCUGGUGAAUCUGAAGAAAAUACCGAGAAGAAGUCAGAAGAAAACGCAAGUGAAACUGAAGAGAACACUGAGAAGAGUAAGGAUGUUUUCCCAGCUGGUGACCAAGCUGAAAUCACUAAGGAGUCAAGCACUGGAAGUGGGGCUUGGUCAACCCAAUUGGUUGAAUCGCAGAACGAGAAGAAAGCUCAAGUGUCUUCAAUUAAAUGGAAAGUCUGCAAUGUGACAGCUGGACCAGACUACAUUCCUUGUCUUGACAAUUGGCAAGCUAUCAGAAAGCUUCAUUCGACAAAGCAUUAUGAACAUCGUGAGAGGCAUUGUCCCGAGGAAUCUCCACGCUGCCUUGUUUCUCUUCCCGAAGGGUAUAAGCGAUCCAUCAAGUGGCCUAAGAGCAGAGAAAAGAUCUGGUACACCAAUGUUCCUCACACCAAGCUUGCAGAAGUCAAGGGACAUCAAAACUGGGUGAAGAUGAGUGGUGAAUACUUAACAUUCCCUGGUGGAGGUACUCAGUUCAAGAAUGGUGCUCUUCACUACAUUGAUUUCCUCCAAGAGUCAUAUCCUGAUAUUGCGUGGGGUAAUAGGACCCGUGUUAUAUUGGAUGUUGGGUGUGGGGUUGCUAGCUUUGGGGGAUAUCUUUUUGACAGAGAUGUACUCGCUUUGUCAUUUGCACCCAAAGACGAACACGAGGCACAGGUGCAAUUUGCUCUGGAACGUGGUAUUCCUGCAAUGUCAAAUGUUAUGGGAACCAAGAGAUUACCUUUUCCAGGAUCUGUUUUCGACCUUAUACAUUGUGCUCGUUGUAGAGUCCCUUGGCAUAUCGAAGGUGGUAAACUACUUUUGGAGUUGAAUCGUGCAUUGAGGCCGGGUGGUUUCUUUGUCUGGUCAGCGACUCCAGUCUACAGGAAGACUGAGGAAGAUGUUGGCAUAUGGAAAGCUAUGUCGAAGCUAACAAAGGCAAUGUGCUGGAAACUGAUGACCAUUAAGAAAGAUGAACUAAAUGAAGUUGGUGCUGCCAUUUACCAGAAGCCAAUGUCGAAUAAAUGCUACAACGAAAGAUCUGAAAAUGAGCCACCGCUCUGCAAAGACUCUGAUGAUCAAAAUGCCGCCUGGAAUGUUCCACUUGAGGCAUGUAUGCACAAGGUAACAGAAGAUUCAUCAAAACGCGGAGCAGUUUGGCCUGAGAGUUGGCCAGAAAGAGUGGAAACUGUUCCUCAGUGGUUAGAUUCUCAGGAAGGAGUAUAUGGAAAACCUGCACAAGAGGAUUUCACAGCAGACCAUGAACGCUGGAAAACUAUUGUUUCAAAGUCAUACCUCAACGGUAUGGGAAUCGAUUGGUCUUAUGUGAGAAAUGUGAUGGACAUGAGAGCUGUCUAUGGAGGUUUUGCUGCUGCAUUGAAGGAUCUGAAACUGUGGGUGAUGAAUGUAGUUCCUAUCGACUCACCCGAUACACUUCCGAUUAUAUACGAACGUGGUUUGUUUGGAAUCUAUCAUGAUUGGUGUGAAUCAUUCAGUACUUACCCUCGGACUUACGACCUUCUUCACGCUGAUCAUCUUUUCUCUUCACUGAAAAAGAGGUGCAACUUGGUGGGGGUAAUGGCUGAAGUAGACCGGAUUCUUAGACCACAAGGAACUUUCAUAGUAAGAGAUGACAUGGAAACAAUAGGAGAAAUUGAGAAGAUGGUGAAAUCGAUGAAAUGGAAUGUAAGAAUGACACAUUCCAAAGAUGGAGAAGGAUUGCUCUCUGUUCAGAAGUCAUGGUGGCGUCCUACAGAGGCCGAGACAAUUCAGUCCGCAAUAGCUUGAGAUCAAGGAAACGAAGAAGAGUGUGGGUUAAUAUAGUCGACAGUUGUUCCUUUUACGAUCCAAUUGAUUGUUUCUUACAUGUAUUAGUCGAAUACUGUAUUUGUAUCCCUUUUUUGCAUUGAAGAAAGUUGUAUACAAGACAAUUGUCUCAAAAGUGUAAUCUUAUAAUGAGCUUUUGCUUUGGUCCUACUAAAUACACAUGAAAUCCUUAU